CCGUUCUUUCCUCCCACCCAACCCUAACUUCCAGGGACCCUCAGCCAUGAGGACCCUCACUCUCCUCGCUGCCCUUCUCCUCUUGGCCUUCCAGGCCCACGCUGAGACCCUGCAAGAGACAGCUGACAAGGUUCCCGCCCAGGACCAGCCUGGGGAGGACGACCUGGACCUAUUUGGGGAUGAGGACCAGGAUGUGGCCGUCUCCUUCACAGGAGAGGAACGCUUCUCUCGACAACUUACAGGAGGUGAGCUAGGAAUGACCAUAGCAAAGGCUGUAGUAACGCGAUGCCGGUGCCGACGACGACGCCGGUGCCGACGCAACAAGGUCAACAAGGUGCUGGAGCGUGCCUCUGGGGUUUGUAAAAUCUUCGGCCGUCGGUACAAGCUUUGCUGUAAAUGAGCUUUUUGGACUGAGACCCCAAAGCACCAAGGGAUUCCAAUGAAGACCUAGACAAGCAAUAAUCUUUGUACCUCUACCUUUUCAUCUUCUAGCUCCAAAAUAAACCCAGGCAUUAAACUCGC